CCAAAUAAAAGCUUAGAGUUUUUGGUCGUAGAAGAAUGGAAGGGAAAAUGAAGAUAGGACCAGUAGGGAAGCAUGAUGCUAGAAGCAGUACAAUUGUUAACUGGGACGAAGGAUCUCACGAUGGCUUCAUCUCUCAGAUAUUUCUAUCUCACAGCGUUGGAGGAAUUCUGUCUAUCCAAUUCCAGUUUGUGAUGGACGGAAAACUCGUUUUAUCCGACCGUCACGGUCCAUUUUCCGGCAACAUGUUUGACGUUAUAGAGCUCAACUAUCCGCAUGAGUACAUCACUGGAAUAAGUGGAGAGUAUUACAAGUAUGAUGCCAGCAAUCCUCACAUAAGGUCUCUCAAAUUCACUACCAACACUAGUGAGUACGGUCCUUUUGGCACCUCCGGUUCGAGCUACGAAAAAUUUGCUUUUAAACUCGGGAAAUCUCCUCAGUUUGGCGGUUUCCAUGGGACUUACGAUGCCUCGGGACUACAGUACAUCGGUGUUUAUCUCCGCCCUAAAACAGUUCUACCCAAAAUAGAUACGGGCAAUGAAGAGCAAACAGAGUCCAAAAUUGUUUUGGGUUGAAAUUGUAUGUAUACUAAAUUAUUAUUCUGCCGAUUUUACAUGCUUAAAAAUAUGAAAUGCUUCUAUGAAUAAACUGAUAUGUGUAAC